AUGAGGCUCCCCUGGGAACUCGUCACGGCGGUGUUUGCCGAGGCCGACACUGCCACCAAGUGCCGCUUGGCUCAGGCCCUUCCGCCGUUGCGCUCGGUACCCCUUGACUACCACUACAUUUGCGGCGGCGAUAACGCCCCGGUGCUAAACUUGUUCCACCACGUCCACUGCCACGUCAGCAUUGCCGGCUACGACCAGCUCUACCUCCGAGACCUCGACCACGACCACGUCGAGCUGCUCGCGGUGGAAGUGGGCAACCAGCCGCGGCGGUACUACUUUGAUGACGUCGCCUUUAAGGUGGUGGAGUUCACGAUGGUGGCGUCGCCGCCACCGCCCCAGCUCCACGAAAUCGUCCCUUAUUCACAGUUUAGUAGUCUACACACGCUACGGGUGCUCAAUGGCUACCCCUGGACGUGUAACCGCCGCUGUCGGGUGAUUGUCGAUUUGGGAAGCCAUGGCGCAUUAACGACGUUAGAGUUGGCCCAGGUGGACAUCGCCCUCCGCACGCUACCGCCAACACUUACCGAGCUUACCGUAAGGUUCUCGACGCUUGUGGAGCCGCCGACCGCUGUACCACCCACGACCCUCGAACUGCUAUCGGUGGUCCACUGUCCCGAUGGCCACGAACGCGGACGGUGGUACGCUCAAAGCAUCGAUGCCAGUCGCCAUACGCUUAAGAGUAUCAAGUACUCGCAGCCGGUAUCGCCCGAACUCGGCCUAGUGUUGGCUAAAGGCGAAUUCCCCCACCUUACCUCGGUGGAUAUCCCUGAUUGUCCUGACCAAUUACUCUGGCAACCGAUCCCGUCGGUAACGCGGCUUACCCUCAACUGUAACCACGGCCAGGUGUACUACUACCUCACCCGGUUGGAAUUGACGAAGUUUUGGUGGAAUCUGGAGGUGCCUGAGUGUCCCCAUCUCGUCGAGUUUAAGGCGGCGAAAGUGUUUAUUGACGACGAUGUCGCAAUGCUACCCCUCCCCAAGGUGACUGUGUUUGAUAUGCUGUGGAUGAUGGCCGGUAGUGCCCCGUUUCUGUGGGAUUUAGUCCAUCUUCCGCGCCAUCUCCGGCGGCUACGGCUCCGCUCCAUGCGAUUGAGGCAGUUUCCUAUGGACAAAUUCGACCACAUCGGUUCGAUUGACAUGUCGGACAACUUGCUCGAGGAGAUUGGCGAUAUUGACGCCUCAGAGAUCAAUAUCGAGCGCAAUCCGCUUAGUCGGCUAACCCUUUCUACAGCGCAAAAAGUGGUGGUGGACAACGUCACGACAGCAACAUUCUCCCCACAAUUAACGUCAUUGCUGAUUGACGUCACCAAGCUUUCGUCGUGGCAGUCGCUUGCGGGAGUCACGAAUCUUCACCACCUCCAUUUGCGGUGUGGCAGUGCUAAAUGGUCAACUAUCGACGUCAAACUGUUCUCGCGACCGUCACAGGCGAGUCUGCCAUCACGGCUUGCCGCUACACUACCUCAAACUCUUGAACUGCUCCAUAUUGAAGCUGAAGCCGUUGAUGAUCGCCAGCUCCAAUUUGAACCUGGGUGCCAAUUGAGCGAAUUGCGGAUGCAAUGCGACGAGUUUGGCCGGUUCCCGCUCCCACCCCACGUCCAAAAGCUUCACGUCGAGUGUGGUGUGUUUCGUCUUCGUCCUGAUUACCCUAGGGGACUCACUCAGCUCUCUAUCUCGACAUGGUUCGACCGUGCUGGACCCAGAAUUAUCGGCGAUAACCCCCAAAUCUUCUUUGCCCAGUUUCACCAGCUACAAAGCCUCAUUCUCAGAGGGUGCAAUAUCGAAAUGGCCGACUCGCCGUUGGUAUUACCGGCUACUCUCCACCAACUACGCAUCGAGGCAUUCCAGGUACAAGCGGUGCGGCUCCAGUUUGACCCACCAGGACCGACGGAACUACAGUCACUCACCAUCCGCAACUGCUACAUCGAAGUGCCGGUGCGUAAGUGCAGCUUAAACUUUGCUGAUUUGGGCCACAACCAGCGGAGCCAACACGCUAAGUUGACUCACUUCGAUACCGACGAGAUCCCCGAGGGAGAGUUUCCCGAGCUGUUGGUAGCCGUCCACAGCGGCUAUGGUCGCCACGCCGAUUACUUGAACCCUCGAUACAUCGGUCGGGGAUAG